AUGGCCAGAACCAAGCAAAUCGCUCGCAAAUCCACUGGUGGCAAAGCCCCCAGGAAGCAGCUCGCCACUAAGGCUGCUCGCAAGAGCGCCCCGGCCACCAGCGGUGUGAAGAAGCCUCACUGUUACAGGCCCGGCACCGUGGCUAUGAGAGAGAUCCGUCGUUACCAGAAGUCCACUGAGCUGCUCAUCCGCAAGCUGCCCUUCCAGAGCCUGGUGAGACAAUUCGCCCUGUUCUUCAAGACCGACCUGCGCUUCCAGAGCUCCGCCAUGAUGGCCCUGCAGGAGGCUAGCGAGGCUUACCUGGUCGGCCUGUUCGAGGACACCAACCUGUGCGCCAUCCACGCUAAGCGGGUGACCAUCAUGCCCAAGGACAUCCAGCUGGCCCGCCGUAUU